ACUCAUUGACCGCUGCUCCAGAGCCUUCCAGCAGAGCUGGGAGGAUGGCUCUGAUGAUGCUGCAAUUGGUGCUGUUGCUACUGGCCGGGGAUGUCGCAGUCUUCUCCGACUCUUUCGACUCUUCCAACUCUCACCUAAUUCAGCCAUCAGAACUCAGAACACCAAACUGUGAUCAUUAUGACUACCCAGCAUGCCCCAGGAACCUGAGCCCCGUGUGCGGAAGCGACAUGAACACUUAUGGGAAUGAAUGUACUCUGUGCAUGAAGAUUAGGGAGGAUGGGAACCCUCUUAAAAUCAUCAAAGACUCGCCUUGCUGAUGGUCAGUUUACGGAAGAGCGGCUGGAAAACCCCCUACUCCGGUGCCUCCUGCUAGAACCCCACUCCUUACGCCCCCCACUCCCCACCCCCGUUUCUUUGCACAGCUCCUGCUGACACACCUUCUCCUCAAGGAGGUGUGGAAGACAGAGAUGUGCAGGGGUCCAUAAACUUCUCAAACUCCCGCUCGGGGCUUCUGCCUUGCAGUUCAGUUUAGUCAAGCUUAUGGCCCUGGUGACUUUUGCAUUGCUUUA